UGCAAGGACCAUGCUCAGCAUCCUAGCAGCCGGCUCUAUAUUCUUCCCAGGCCUUUUCCUGCUGUCCAAGCAAUGUCUAAAACAUGUGCCGGGUCUAAAAUGGAGUGAGGCAGAUGCUGUCAUUGUUUCUGCAAGACUUGUGUCCUCCAUUCAAGCAGUCAUGGCUUCCUCAGCUGGGUACAUCAUUGCCUCAUCUUGUGAAGACAUCAUUAAGGACCAGCAUUGGCUCACUAGCAGUUACAUCUUGUUUGCAGUCCCUUAUUUUGUCUAUGACAUCUAUGCCAUGUUCCUGUGCUACUGGUACAAGACACAGAUCAAAGGCCAUGAGGAGGAGGGUGCACCCAAACCUAUAAGUACGGCCAUAAGCAGCUAUCUGAGACGCGAGUUUCUUAUGGUGCUACAUCACGUUGUUAUGGUUGCAGUUUGCUUUCCUGUUUCUGUGUUCUGGAGACAGGGAAAGGGGGACUAUUUCCAAGGUGUCAUGUUCAUGGCUGAAGUCAGCACUCCUUCUGUUUGUCUGGGAAAAAUACUAAUUCAGUACAAGCAGCAGCACACUCUUCUUCAUAAAGUUAAUGGAGUACUCAUGCUGGUCACUUUUUUCGUCUGUCGAGUUCUUCUCUUCCCCUACCUCUACUACGCCUAUGGCAGGUAUGCAGGCAUCCCUGUGUACAUGGUGCCACUAUCUAUUCCAUGGCAGUAUAACUUGGGCGCAGCUUUGCUAAUGGCUCCGCAGGUAUACUGGUUUUCGCUGAUCUGCAGAGGAGCCUUUCGCCUCUUCACUCGGGCCUUCCGGCAGUCCAAAACUUCCCUCAUGCCCCCAGCCAAUGGCUACAGCACCCGCGAUACAGAGAGGGAACCCAACACGCACUGAGACAGAGAGAAAUGAAGAUGCUGAAAAAGGACUAAUGUCUGAGAAUACUUAUAUAUUACAAGUAGUGGGUGUUGCUCAUGCUUUGUUGGUUGGAGAAGGUAGACAGGGACAGGGGAUUGUGAGAGAGACAUGAAUAGCCUGAAAAUAUUUUAUCUCUAUUAUUUUCCUCUGAGCAAAUGUAGGAGCAUGUUUGUAAACCUGCAUCAUAUACAGUCCAAGCAAAAUCUGCAACCUGCUGUUGUGGACAGAUGUUCGGACGAAUGCAGACUGUA